UCCCCCGCCGGCGUGCAACCAUCAUCACCUGCACUUCUUUGCUCUGCUCUGUGCUCUCAUGGCGCCCACGCCUGCCUGCGCCUUGGUUCCACCGCCGCCGGCGCUGCCGUCGGCGAGGCCUUGUGCUCUUGUCCCCACGAACAGUGGCCGGCGCCGCUUCGCCGUGGCUGCUGCCAGCCCGCUGGUGGAGGAGGCCGUGCGGGCCACUGAAGCAGAGCCGCUCACCAAGGAGGACCUCGUCGCCUACCUCGCCUCCGGCUGCAAGCCACGCAGCGACUGGAGAAUUGGCACGGAGCAUGAGAAGUUUGGAUUCCAGGUCGAGACACUGCGCCCUGUCAACUACCAGCAGAUCCGUGACUUGCUCAAUGGGGUUGCAGACAGAUUUGGCGGGCACAGAGUAAUGGAAGGAAAUAACAUCGUUGGUCUUAAGCAGGGAUCGCAAAACAUCUCGAUGGAGCCUGGUGGCCAGAUUGAGCUUAGCGGCGCUCCUCUGGAAACGCUUCACCAGACUCGCGCCGAGGUCAAUUCACAUCUUUGUCAGGUCAAAGCAGUCGGGGAGGAAUUGGGGAUAGGAUUUCUAGGACUUGGUUUUCAACCGAAGUGGGCUCUCAGUGACAUGCCUAUAAUGCCAAAGGCAAAGUUUGAAAUAGCGCGAAACUACAUGCCCAAAGUUGGCUCUUCUGGUCUUGAUAUGAUGUUCCGAACAUGCAGUGUACAGGUUAAUCUGGACUACGGUUCGGAGCAAGACAUGAUCAUGAAACUCCGAGCGGCCAUUGCAUUGCAGCCUAUUGCAACCGCCAUAUUUGCUAAUUCUCCCUUCAAAGAAGGAAAACUAAGUGGUUUUCUUAGCUUGAGAAGCUAUACAUACACAGAUACAGACAGUGACCGCACGGGGAUGCUUCCUUUUGUAUUUGACAGCUCAUUUGGAUUUGAGCGUUACGUGGACUACGUAUUAGAUGUUCCAAUGUACUUUGUCCGCCGGAACAAGAGGCACAUCAAUUGCACCGGAAUGUCAUUUCGGGAUUUUAUGGCAGGAAAGCUUCCACAAGUUCCGGGGGAGCGUCCAACAUUGAAUGAUUGGGAGGUUCAUCUUGGAUCAAUUUAUCCUGAGGUUAGGUUGAAAAGGUUCCUUGAGAUGAGAGGUGCUGAUGGUGGUCCAUUCAGUACAUUGUGUGCUCUGCCGGCUUUUUGGGUUGGGCUACUGUAUGAUGAUGAAUCACUACGAUGUAUAACCGACAUGAUUGCUGAUUGGACAAGUGAAGAAAGGGAUAUGUUACGGAGAAAGGUUCCGGUAACUGGUCUAAAGACACAAUUUCGGGGUGGAUAUGUGAGAGAUUUGGCUGAAAAUCUUGUGAAGUUGGCCAAGGAUGGGUUGCAAAGGAGAGGGCACAUGGAAGCUGGUUUCUUGAAUGAAGUUGAUGAAGUUGUCAGCACAGGAGUGACACAAGCAGAGAAGCUUGCAAAAUUGUACAAGACAGUGUGGCAGCACAAUGUUGAUCCAGUUUUUCGUGAGUUCAUCUAUUGAUCUGCAUCUGCUGUGGCAUUAUAGGGUCAACAGGGGAACUGUGGUUUCCAGAAAUGGUGUACUUCCUUUUGGUCUGAUUUUCUUGUCAGUUAGAACAUGGAUAUAGGAUACCAGAACAUCUUUUAAUGCAUGUUUUUUACUCAUGGGUUAUCAGAAAGUAAUGAUACUAUCUAUAUAUGGACACUCAAGUACCUUUGAUGGUAAAUAUACCAACAACGUUUUCAUGUAAAUUUUGAUAAAUUGACAUA